AUGUUGGAGGGCGGAGCCAUGAUGGGGAAAGAUUACAUGUUGGCCAUCCUCAUCGUCAACUAUGACGACGGAAAGACACGGACUAAAGACAAGUACCGGGUGGUUUACACCGACCACCAGCGCCUGGAGCUGGAGAAAGAAUUUCACUACAGCAAAUACAUCACCAUCAGGAGGAAGGCGGAGCUCGCCACGACGCUCGGCCUGUCAGAGAGACAGGUGAAGAUCUGGUUCCAGAACCGCCGGGCGAAGGAGCGCAAGAUCAACAAGAAGAAGCUCCAGCAGCCGGCCUCCUCCACGACCACGCCCACGCCUCCCACCGGGAGCAACGGCAGCACAGGAGGCGGCGGCGGCCUGCACGGAAACGGCGGGAACAGCGUCGCCAUGGUGACAAGCAGCAGUGGCAGCAACGGGUUGGUGUCUCCCUCCUCGCUGUCUCUGAACAUCAAAGAGGAGUACUGA